AUGAAGAAUGUCACUGAAGUUACUAUAUUUGUACUGAAGGGCUUCACAGACAAGCUUGAACUGCGAAUCAUCUUGUUCUCCCUGUUUCUGGCAAUUUACCUAUUUACUCUGAUGGGAAAUUUGGGACUGGUUGUAUUGGUUGUUGGGGAUUCUCGGCUCCACAACCCCAUGUACUAUUUUCUCAGUGUGUUGUCGUUCUUGGAUGCCUGCUAUUCCUCAGUUGUUACUCCCAAAAGGUUGGUCAAUUUUCUAUCGGAGAAUAAAGUCAUUUCAUUUUUUGGAUGUGCAGAACAGAUGUUUCUCAUAGUUACAUUUGGGACCACAGAAUGCUUUCUCUUGGCUGCAAUGGCAUAUGAUCGCUAUGCAGCAAUCUAUAACCCUCUGUUGUAUUCAGUUAAGAUGUCACCGAGGCUCUAUGUGCCACUCAUCGUUGUUUCCUAUGUUGGUGGCAUUUUGACUGCUUCAGUGCAAACAGGGACUGCAUUUACUCUAAGCUUCUGUGCAUCUAAUGAAAUUAGACAUGUCUUUUGUGACAUUCCUCCUGUCCUUGCUAUUUCUUGUUCUGACACUCACACAAACCAGCUUUUAGUUUCCUACUUUACAGGCAUUAUUGAGAUAAUUACUAUCCUGAUUGUCCUGGUCUCCUAUGGUUUCAUUCUGUUGGCCAUUCUGAGGAUGCAUUCUGCUGAAGGGAGACAAAAAGUCCUUUCCACAUGUGGCUCUCACCUAACUGGAGGGUCAAUUUAUUACGGAACAAUCUUCUCCAAGUAUGUGAGACCGAGUUCCAGCUACUCUUUGGACCAAGACAUGAUAGUGUCAAUAUUUUACACGAUUGUGAUUCCCAUGCUGAAUCCCGUCAUUUAUAGUUUAAGGAAAAAAGAUGUAAAAGAGGCAAUGAAAAGAGUGUUUGGUGAAAUUGGGUGUAUCAAUAAAAUAUAUUUUUCACACUAA